AUGGAUAGGAGUUGGAUAGACGAUGCGAACCAUAUCUCCGCUCAAUAUUUGGACGGGGUCAGGGCUUUCUUAGAUUUCGCAUUUAAAGAUCGUAGCUCUGAAUCUUGCAUCUAUUGCCCCUGUACAUCUUGCGGAAAUCGCUUAACAAAAUCUCGUAGAGAUGUCUUGCUCCAUUGUAUUCGUUAUGGAUUCGACCAAACCUACAAGGUUUGGACUUGCCACGGAGAAGGAGAGGUGAACCCUGCUGUUGCAAACGACAAUAUGCCAAUGCGUUGGGAGGAGGAACUAGAACUUCUAUUGCGAGAGUGUGCAUAUACAGAGCACACCGAUCCGGGGCCCAGUGGAAAUGAACCUCAUAGGGAUGACGAAAAUGAACAUAUACAUCAUGGCAGUAAGGGGUAUAGAAAGAUGUUAGAAGAUGUAGAGAAAGAGCUCAUACCAGGGUGCAAGAAGAUGAGUAGACUCUCGUUUAUCGCACGGCUUUUGCACUUGAAGGUUUUGUGCCACUGGUCUAAUAAUUCUAUUGAUUUGCUGUUAGAGCUGUUACGGGAUGCACUUCCAGACGAUGUUGUCCUUCCGAAGAACUUCUAUGAGGCUAAUAAGCUGACCAAGGACUUGGGGUUCACAUGCAAGACUAUCCAUGCGUGCAUCAACAAUUGCAUGUUGUUUACCGGGGAAGAUGUUGACCGUGAGGUUUGUGUUGUGUGUAGGGAAAAGCGAUUUACACAGGGUAAAGAUAGAUCUCCAGUGAAGAAGUUAAGGUACUUUCCAUUAAUUCCGCGAUUGCAGCGAUGGUACGUAUCUUCCAAAACUGCAUCUUCUAUGAGAUGGCAUGCCGAAGGGCGUGUAGACGAUGGCAAGAUGCGUCAUCCAGCAGAUAGUCCUGCGUGGAAGAGUUUCGAUCAUCGGUACCCGACGUUCUCUGAGGAGAUUCGCAACGUACGACUCGGUCUGGCCACUGACGGUUUCAACCCUUUUGGGAAUAUGAGUGUGAGUUAUAGUAUUUGGCCCGUCGUACUUGUGAUAUAUAACCUACCUCCGUGGCUGUGCAUGAAGCAACCAUCGUUCAUCCUCUCUACGAUUAUAGACGGCCCGCAUGGCCCGGGGGAUCGGAUUGAUGUCUUCCUUCAACCUUUGAUCGAUGAGCUUAAGGAGCUUUGGUAUGAUGGUGUUCGGACGUACGAUGCGAGUACUAAGGAGGAUUUCCAGAUGCGAGCUGCAUUGCUGUGGACUAUUAGUGAUUUUCCCGGUUACGGUAUGUUGUCAGGGUGGCCGACUCGUGGGGCGAAUGCAUGCCCUGUUUGUGGUUUAAAAACUCAUUCCAGAUACCUGAAAAAUGGACAUAAGUAUAGCUAUUGCGGGCAUCGACGGUUCCUGCCGGCUGGGCAUAGAAUGCGCUUUGAUAAACAUGCAUUUGACGGUUCGAUGAGCUUUGACGGAAAGCCUUCUCGCUUGACCGGCGCUGAACUUCUGCAGCAGCUUCAGGAUAUGCCUACUGAGUAUCGUACGGUUGACUUGAUUGAGAAACGCAUUGCACAGGGGUCUCGCAAGCGUCGCCGGGGGGUGGACGGGCAGCAACAGGUGUGGAAAAAAAAGAGCAUAUUCUUUCAGCUCCCUUAUUGGGGAAAACAAAGGACAAUCUGA